CUGUCAAACAAAUGUUGACAUUCAAUGCUUGGUAAUGAUUAUUAGUAGCAGUCAGUAGGGAAAGGAAUAAAUAUUUGUGAAAUAUCAUUUAAUAACUCAUGAAUCGAUUAUCAACAAAUGGAAUAAAGUUAAAAUAGUUGUUCUGUACAGGAAACGUAUACUCGAACGAUAGUACAAUGGCUUAUCAGGGUGGAUAUCCUGGUCAACAGUAUGGAGGCUAUGGCCCAAACCAGGGCGGUUACGGUGGCGCAGGUCAAUCGGGUGGCUAUGGGGGUUAUGGUGCUCCCCCGCAACCUGGCGUGAGACCUGAGAUCCAGAACGUAUUCCGUAGCGUGGACAAAGAUAAUUCCGGCAAAAUUAAUAAUAAGGAACUUCAGCUGGCACUGAUCAACGGUCGUGGCGAUCACUUCUCGGAUACUGCUUGCACUUUGAUGAUUGGAAUGUUCGAUCGUGAUCGCAGUGGCACAAUUGAUGUGUAUGAAUUUGAGAAAUUGUAUAAUUAUAUCAAUCAGUGGCUUCAGAUUUUUAAAACUUACGAUCAGGACUCAUCCGGUCAUAUUGAGGAAUCCGAACUUGCGCAAGCAUUGUCUCAGAUGGGUUUCCGUUUUUCGCCACAAUUUAUUCAAUUCUUGAUGGCCAAAAACGAUCCGGUCAACCGCAAGGAGAUUUCUGUUGACCAAUUCAUUGUUACGUGUGUGCAAAUUCAACGCUUCACAGAGGCCUUCCGCGCGCGGGAUACGGAGCAGAAAGGAGUCAUUACGAUUGGGUUCGAGGACUUCCUCAACGUGGCCCUGACGACGUCUACAUGAACAGGAGCGCCCAGCACCGCAUGGCACUUCUCAUCCAUCACCGAUUGCUAUUAAAUUUUUGUUGCUGGAUUCGGCUAUCUGAUUAUUGUCCUCAGGAGGAAACUACACAAUACCGAUACAUUCGACAGGAAGGAGUUUGCUAUAGAAUAUGCUUCAUAGCAUAACUAUUAUUUUUUCAUAUAUUUAAAAACACGUUUAAUCAGAUUCUGUGCUCACUACUAAGGCUGCUUCAAAUGUUGGAAGCGAUAUACUAAAAAUUAAAAAAUAAAUUGAUAGUGUAAUAAAUGGAA